AUGUUGGAGCUUCUUCCAGGAGAGUUGCUUAUCAGCAUAAUACAAAAGCUCUCCAACACCGACCUUUUCCAACUCUCGCUGGUGUCGAAAUACUUCCACUAUUCAGUGCAGCCAGAACUAUACAGGGAGUUCACCCUUGUCACCACCCACGAAAGGCACCGCGACCUCAACGAAUCUCGCUUCUUGCGACCUGCCUUGAUAGACGACACCCCAAGCCUGCAGCCACGCGGUGUGUAUAAAUGGAUCAGACACCUGAUCAUCGAGGCCCCCUUGCACAACCAUGCAAGGAUCUCAACGCUGUGGGGAAUGGACGUGAACGAGAUGAGUCUGGAAAGGCGCCGCAUGAUCGAAUAUAUGGAAUUCUUGAACUUGCAUCGAAACGUGCAGGCUGUGCUUACUCGUUUGCCGCAUAACAGUCUGCAGAGCUUUAGCUGGCACCUUGGCUGCUGUCUGCCCAAAGGAAUCUUCAGCGCACACGGUUACCUCGCGCGCCGCCAGCGCCAACUCACCUCUCUAUCCAUCAGAGUGUACCCGGGCUACACAUACACAGAUGGCCUUGAAGGACUGAUGUCCCUUCGAAACCUACGCCACCUCUCCUGGAAACAGGCAGACUUUAUCGACAGCUACUUGCUCUACGAUAUCAUCGAAGCGAACUGCCGCCACCUUGAAUCGCUGGAGGUUGGAUUCGAGAGCCGCUACGCGCUGGCUCCGCGUACCCUGGAGUACUGUCUGCAGUCGACUGGUCUUUUCUCGACCGUUCCCAAGGGUCUUUGCGUCCAAUUCGACGCGCUGCACACUAUAAGCCUAGCAAACGUGUCGUUCAAGCUGGCAUACUCAGUCCUCUACCCGACAUUCAACUUUAGCCAGAUCCGCAAGCUGAAGUUGCAGAACUGUCGAUGCGUGCUCGAACUCCUCAGGGCUCUGCGAUACACUUCUCGAGGUAUCAACCUGAAAGCCCUCGAGUGCGACUACGAUGAACACACUCCCCCAAACCAGGACGACAGCAUGUUCGAUCCGAGAACUGUUGGUCUGGGCGUUCCCAAGUUCCUCGAAUCCUUCCGCGGCCUUGAGCAGCUGUAUGUUCGCGCGAUGGAUUUUCUCGUGCAGUCUUCCGAGCGCACACCGUGGGCUAUCCUCAAGCACGCAAAAACCCUGAAGCGUCUGGCAUACCACUACCACGACAAACUGGCAAUGGGUUACAACCGAGACUGCCCGUUCUUCUGGAGACACCGUCUCUUCCAAGUCCUCGACAAUCUCCGCCUCGAAGCCCUGGGUAUAAACAUCGUUCCCGGCGACCUGCGCACCCGCAUCGCCGAAACCCAAACCGCCCAAACGCUCAAACUCCUUCACCUCCGCAUAACAGGCCCCUACCACAAGCCGCGCAACCUCCUCCGCAAGCUCAAAAUCGCCGGCCUCCCCAAACACUGCGUCCCCCUAUCCCUCCGCCGCCCUAAAUGCCACCCCAUCCCCGACGACCGCGCACUGCCAAUAUAUCUCGCCCUGCGGAUGUCACUGGACCAAACAGAGCGGCAAACAAAGAAACUCCUAAACAUGAAAGGACUCCUUACCUUCGUGAAUUGGGCAUUCGGACCAGAUGGCCUCCCCAACCUGACGAUCCUCGCGUACGGCGAUUUCAGCUGUCCUCAGCGCCACGGCUGGUCUCAGCUUGUCUUCGUGCGCUACCCGCGCCCAAACAUGCCAAUUGCGAGCGCGCAGGAGGAUAAGAGCGGGGUCUUCGGGCCCUCGUUGCCGUUCCGCAUUAUGCACCCUGAGGACGAGUAUUUGUGGGAUGAGAUUGAUGGCGCGAAGGAAUUGCUUGAGGCUUGUCCGCAGCUUUGUGUGGAGAAUGUUAUGGCGAGGGCGAAUGAGAAUGGGCAGCGUGCUGAGCCGCGGGAUAGUUAUUAUUCGGACGAUGAGUUGCCUGGGGAUGAGGGGGAUGAGGAGGGUUUGGUGGGAUUUGAGGACUUUUUUGAUUAG